AUGAAAUCUAGGCUUUAUUGCUUUGUUUUACUCCUUCAUCUGAAAGGAAUAACCUGCCUGAAGAGCAAACUAGGAUUCGACAAACCAAAUAUAAUCGUCAUUCUAGCCGACGAUUUAGGUGUAAAUGAUGUAUCAUGGAAUAACAGAAAUGCUCCAACAACAAACCUGCAGAAGCUGGCAGAGAAGGGAGUUAUUCUGGACAAUAUGUACACACUACCUAUCUGUACACCAUCCAGAGCAGCAUUACUGACAGGAGUGUAUCCAUUCAGAUACGGGUUUCAGCGAGGGUUUGGUGGAUAUGCUCCUGAAGGGUUACCAACAGAUCUCUCUUUGCUCUCAGAGCAACUUCAAGAUCAAGGAUAUAAUUGCUCAGCUCUGGGAAAAUGGCACCUUGGAUUCUGCAGUGAAGAGUAUCUUCCGACGAAUAGAGGAUUUAAUUAUUUUUCAGGACUUUAUGUUGGAGACCCUGUAGAUAUUCUUCAGAUAGUGAAUGUUCUAAAGAAGACUGACCAGUAUCAGAAUACUGUUCUCCUGUUCCUAUCAGAUAACGGAGCUAAGUUUGACAAAAAAGAAGAAGACUUUAAUUAUCCACUGAAGGGGUUUAAGGGCACGCUGUAUGAAGGAGGAACCAAGAUUCCUGCCUUCAUUCACAGUCCUUUACUAGAUCCAGCUGCAAGGGGUUCAAGAUACGGCGGACUAAUGCAUAUGGUUGAUAUUUACCCAACCUUGCUGGGGUUAACAAAUACUAAGAUACCGUCUGGCCUGGAUGGAUUAGAUCAAUGGGAAUCUAUUACAGGGCAACAAGCAUUAAGUCCUAGAAUAAGUAUGGUUUAUAAUAUUGAUGAUUCAUUCCUGCCAGUGAAUUUGGUGUCUCGAGUAGAAGCAAAUAGAUUUCAGAUUGUUGUGCGUGAUUCCCAGUAUAAACUGAUAUGGGGACAGAUCAACAGUAUAAUAAAGAAAUCACGUGUUAAGAACGAGUUCGGACUUCGAUUCAAUAAAGAGCUGAAGGAGGUUUAUGACCUUGUAAAUGAUCCAAGCGAGACGAAUAAUUUGGUUAACUCCCGUCCAGAUAUAGUCAGAAGAUUAGAGGACCUUGGAUUGUCACACUACAAGAGUGUUCAGCCAGGGCUAUUCAGAGGACAAGCAGCCAAUGUUCAGGUCCUGGACCCUAGACAUCCCCAAUAUAUAUAA